AUUUCUUUUCGCCUCGCGCCGUUUCCUGUUGGGUGGUGUUUGCUUCCGGGGCAGGGUCGCAACCAUUAAGGGGGGGUCAGUUUGGCUGAUUGAAAGUGAGGGAAGCAAAGCAAUAGCUGAGGUUGUUCCUGCUUCUGGUAGUCUGUUUUUUCCUAAGAUCUAACACAAAAAGGAGAAAUUCUGGAUCACAUAGAAUCUGCAUCAGCCAUUGAGGCGAACCUGAGGAUGGAAGGAGUUGAACUUAAAGAAGAGUGGCAAGAUGAAGACUUUCCAAGACCUCUGCCAGAAGAUGACCAUAUUGAAGAUAUGUCAGAUCCAGCUGAAAGAGGGGACCAGCUCGAAGUUAAUGGCAACAAAGUAAAGAAGAAACUGUUGGCCCCCAAUAUAAAUUUAACACUGGAUCGCAGUGAAGAAUCCAUUUUGUCUGACUUGGAUGAGAGUGGGGAUAUUGAUCUGGACGAUAUAGACACACCGUCUGAAAACAGCAAUGAGUUUGAAUGGGAAGAUGAUCUUCCAAAGCCCAAAACUACUGAUGUGAUUAGAAAAGGAUCACUACAAGAAUAUGCAGCAUCAGAUGAAAAAGAGGAGGAACGGCGGUGGCGAAUGUUCCGGAUUGGAGACCAAGAUCACAGGGUGGAUAUGAAGGCAAUUGAGCCGUAUAAGAAAGUUAUCAGUCAUGGAGGUUAUUAUGGUGAUGGAUUAAAUGCAAUUGUUGUAUUUGCAGUUUGCUUCAUGCCAGAAAGCAGUCAGCCAAACUACAGAUACUUAAUGGAUAAUCUUUUUAAGUAUGUUAUCGGCACCCUAGAAUUAUUAGUAGCUGAGAACUAUAUGAUUGUUUAUCUAAAUGGUGCAACAACCCGUAGGAAGAUGCCCAGUCUAGGCUGGCUCAGGAGGUGUUACCAACAAAUUGAUAGGAGGUUAAGGAAAAACCUGAAAUCAUUAAUAAUAGUUCAUCCUUCCUGGUUCAUUAGAACUCUUCUGGCAAUCACAAAACCUUUUAUUAGCUCAAAAUUCAGCCAAAAAAUCAGAUACGUCUUUACGUUGGCAGAGCUGGCCGAACUGAUCCCCAUGGAAUAUGUUGGCAUACCUGAAUGCAUAAAACAGUAUGAAGAAGAAAAAAUUAAAAAGAAACCCCAAAGAAUUGACCAAGAGCUUAAUGGGAAGCAGGAGCAGAAGACCGAACAGUAAAGUUUUUCUUUUGUCCUGGUGUGUGUUUCGGAGUCUAACCAAGACUGAAGAAUGUACCGACAGAAUGAUGUCUUGCAUGAUCAAAAACCUGUUCCCAGGAGGAGGUCUGCCUCUGGACUUGUGCCCAAUGGACUACUUGCUGCUGAAUGGAUUUGCAAGUUCAGGCUGGACAUUGAUACUUAAUAGCUGCCUUUAUUAUAACUGUUUUAUAUUGCUGUGUCUCAAAGCGUCAUAAGAGGCACCUUUUUUUUAAUCCUUAAUGAUGCUUAUUCAGUAAAUAUUUAUAUGCUUAAAUGUUAAGGAAAGAGAUAAUAUAUAUUUUUAUGACUUCUUGAAAAAUUAUUUUAUAACGUUUAUCUGCAAAACCCUCCUAGGUAGGCCAGGCCAUAAUAAAUGACUGCUGUCAUUUAUUCAGUAAUAAAAGUGCAUGCUAGUUUUCUGUAAAUGGUCAAAUGCUUCUUGCCUAACGAAAAGGAAAACAAAUAAAACAACUACAGUGAUUAGUUAAGCUAGCAAGAUAGCCUCUCAACUUUGUUGCAUAAAUGUGAAGAUUCUUUCCUGCAUUGGAUAUACCUAACACUUGGCUACCAUGGUUGGGAAGGUGACCUUGGCACAAAACAGACUCUAGCUUCUUUAGUCAGAGAGCUUUUAAUUUUUGGUCUUGAAUAGUUUUGCUUCUGAAGGAUCCAAGUAACUUGGAAUGCUUAUGGAGCCAUUGCUGUCACCUUUUGCCCAUAGAAACUGUACAUGUCAAAUGCCUCAGGUGAGCCACUCUCUGAACAAUAUGUGCCAACUGUUGAAGCUGGAGAGCAAGGUUGGAAUUGUAUUUUGUAAGAAGCACAGAGCUGCCAACCCAAAAUGGCACACCUCCCUCCCUCCAUGUUGAGCCCCGCCCAUCAUGACAUGCAGUACACCUCAUCUAGUGUCCUCAUGUCACCUGGGUUGUCUUGUUCACCAACAGUGUAGGUUAGAAAAAUGCACAGGAUGUAGGCAUUAGGAUCUGGGUGGUGAGCUGUGUUGAAUGUUCCGAAGAGGGAAAGCUUGAUGCAGGCUUGCUGUUCUCACUAACAGCCCCGUGUUUCUUUAUAAAGCAGCCUUUGCCAACCAGAUGUUUUGGACUACAACUUCCGUUAACCUCAGCCAACGCACUUGGGUUUUAGUCCAAACUUUCAAGGCACCUUGGACAGCACCUUGAAAGUUCAGACUAAAACCAGUGUGUGCUGGCUGAGGUUAAUGGGAGUUGUAGUCCAAAACCACUGGAGGGCAUCAGGUUGGCAAAGGCUGCUGUUAUGUGUUGCAUCCCCUUAUGAUAAAGGAAUGAGGGUGCUCCCAUUUUCUACCCAGAAAAGAUUCCCAUGCACCUUUCACAAGCACUAAAUUCACUUUAUACACUUUUUUAGGAGUCAUAUUUAUAUACACAUACACAUUUGCAUGUCUACAAGGCUUCACCUGUGUGCAGAAAUUGACUGCACUAGUGUGGCUGAAUCAUUAUUGUAAACUGUGGAUUUACCAUAUGCACUAAUUCCUAUGGGUCAAUCGUGAAAGCAGUUGAUUUUGCAGCAGAGAUGUUAAAACACUUUGCUGACCUUGAAAAAACACUUUUUUUAAAAAAAAGAUAAUUUGUUUUUGCUUAUUUGCAACACAGUCGCAAACACCUUUCAGUCUCCAAACAGUGUUUACUUGGAAAUUUUGUCCUUAUGUCAAUUUAUGAACCUAGUUAAUAAAUAGUGUUUUUACAAAAAAAAA